AUGCGUUUAAGUCGAUUACUAUUGAAUCUAUCCAGUCAUAUUGAAUAUUAUUCGAAAUUUCAACCAACAUCAUUUACUCUGAAAAAUCUUAUUGAUUUUGCUCGUGAUGGUGAUAUUAAACAAUCGUAUAAAUAUCUCCGUAUUGAAUUGCUCAUACGAUGGUCUCAUAUGCGCAAAGAAAUGAAUUAUUUACCACCGAAACUACUUGAAAUGCCAAGUUUUAAAUUAGCAAAUUCAUGGUAUGAUCAAAGUUAUUCUGAAAUACUUGAAUUUAAAAAUGUUGAACCAGAUAUGUCAACACUUCGCAAAUUUACCGAAAUAUUAGUUGGUAUACGAAACCGUCAUACUGAUGUGGUAGCAACAUUAGCUCAAGCAUAUAUAGAAUUUCAAAAAGUUAGUUCAAUCAGUUUAAUAGAAAAAGGUCGAAUACAAUAUUUUUAUGAUCGAUUUUUCAUGAAUCGAAUUGGUAUAAGAACAUUAAUUUAUCAACAUACUCUUCUAUUUGGUGAUGAAUUUCCUCAACAUUCACAACAAGCCGGUAUUAUUGAUCCAUCUGUCAAUGUGGUUGCUGUUAUUGGAGAGGCUUAUUCAACAGCAAAACAUUUAUUUGAACAAGUAUCUUAUCCAGUACCUAAAAUUGAAAUCGAGUCUUAUAAUGUACAAGAUCAUAGUACAAAUCCUAUAACAAUUGUUUAUAUUCCAUCACAUAUUUAUCAUAUUGUUUUUGAAUUAUUAAAAAAUUCACUUCGUGCAACUGUUGAACGAUAUGGUUUAGAUGCUAAAGAAUAUCCACCUAUACAUAUACUUAUUGUUAAAGGUCAUGAAGAUUUAACAAUACAAAUUGAUGAUCGUGGUGGUGGUAUACCACGUUCAAAAUUAUCACAAUUAUUUCAGUAUAUGUAUUCUACAGCACCUAAAUAUUUAUUAGAUGGACCUGAACAAAAUAAAAAUAAAACACCUAUUGCUGGUCUUGGUUAUGGUUUACCAAUAGCACGUCUUUAUGCUAAAUAUUUUCAAGGUAGUCUUGAAAUAGCAUCAAUUGAAAACUAUGGUACAUCAACUUAUGUAUCUCUUCCAGCAACAGCAGAAAAUGCCAGUGAACGUUUACCAAUAUUUAAUAAAGCUCGUUAUUCAUAUACAACAAAAAAAGGUUCUGAUUGGACUUAA